AAAAAUAUCAUCAUCAGUAAGCAGUCACCAGAACCUAUUAGCAUUAGCAACCCAUCUUUCUUCUAUUUCUCUCUCUCUUUAUCAUUUUCCCUUGUCUUUAUUUUUUUGAUUAUACAUACAUACAUAUAUGUGUAUCUAUUUUUAGUCUUGAACUACUUAAAAAGACUCGAUCUUGAUUGGCUGAAGCAGCAAAAAGUUGAUGUGAAGCUGCUAUCUGGGUAUUGCAGAUCAUAACUGGAUCUUUAUGUUCUUGGAUCUUGAAUUAUUGUCAACUAAGAUGGAGAGGGGGUUAGUAUGGAUGAUGCUCUUUUGAUGGUGGAGAAUAUAAAAGGCUCAAGGGUGGUUUGGUCUUCCUUGUUACAUCUAUUAAAGGCAACUGGCUAUAGAUUAUAUUGAAUCCAUCUGUUUGGUUUUAGCUGCACUGCUUUUUUAGAGGUCUUUUGUCUUUGAAGGUUCCGGUGGAAAGAAGUGAAGUUCUGAUUUAAGUGAUGCUUAAACAAAUACUUAACCGGCUCCCCAAGAAGCCACAUAAGUCAAGUGAGAAUCGUGAUGGAGGAUCGUCUGCUUCAUCUGCAAUUGCUUCUACAAGUUCUAGAAGCAAUGACAUUGCUAGUAACUGGACCGGGAAGAAUGCAACUUCUCCCCGUGGUCUUAAUUCUUCAUCUGAUUCAGGAGUGAAUAAUGGAAACAAGCAUCCUCUAAAGUUAGAUUCAAAGGUGAGCGAGGCUCAGAUGGUUCUCCAAUAUGAAGCCUUGCCUAGUUUCAGAGAUGUUUCAAAUUCUGAAAAGCAGAAUUUAUUUAUAAAAAAACUAAAUUUAUGCUGUGUUGUGUUUGACUUUACUGACCCAACAAAGCAUCUAAAAGAGAAGGACAUCAAACGGCAGACUUUAGUUGAGCUUGUUGAUUAUGUCACUUCUGCAAAUGGGAAAUUCUCUGAAACUGCCAUACAAGAAAUUGUGAAGAUGAUAUCCGCAAAUUUAUUUAGACCACUUACUAAUCAAUCUCGUGAGAACAAAAUCGUGGAUGGUUUUGAUUUGGAAGAAGACGAGCCUAUGAUGGACCCAUCAUGGCCUCACUUGCAAAUUGUGUACGAAUUCCUUCUCCGGUUCGUGGCAUCACCAGAAACAGAUGCAAAACUUGCUAAGCGGUACAUUGAUCAUUCUUUCGUUACAAGGUUGUUAGAUCUUUUUGACUCUGAGGAUCCUAGAGAAAGGGAGUACUUAAAAACUGUUCUUCAUCGUAUAUACGGAAAGUUUAUGGUUCAUCGACCAUUCAUCCGGAAAGGAAUCAAUAACAUAUUCUUUCGUUUCAUUUUUGAGACUGAAAAGCAUAAUGGAAUUGCAGAGCUACUAGAAAUUAUGGGCAGUAUUAUUAAUGGGUUUGCAUUGCCCCUAAAAGAGGAGCAUAAACUAUUUUUAGUGCGAGCACUAAUACCACUACACAAACCAAAAUGUAUACCAAUGUAUCAUCAGCAGUUAUCUUAUUGCAUCACACAAUUUGUGGAGAAAGAUUGUAAGCUUGCUGACACUGUUAUAAGGGGUUUAUUGAAGUAUUGGCCAAUUACUAAUAGUUCAAAGGAGGUAAUGUUUCUAGGUGAGCUUGAGGAAGUUUUAGAAGCAACUCAGGCUCCAGAGUUCCAGCGAUGUAUGGUAAUUCUGUUCCAUCAGAUAGCUCGUUGCAUAAGUAGCUCACACUUUCAGGUGGCAGAAAGGGCUCUGUUCUUAUGGAAUAAUGAUCACAUUGAAAAUCUUAUAAAACAAAAUCGAAAAGUUAUUUUGCCAAUUAUAUUGCCUGCACUAGAGAGAAAUUCUAAAAAUCACUGGAGUCAGGCAGUGCAGAGCUUAACACUAAAUGUGCGCAAAAUAUUCUUGGACGCUGACCCUGAGCUAUUUGAGGAGUGCUUGAUUAAGUUUCAGGAGGAAGAAGCACGAGAGCAAGAAACUAAGAUGAAACACGAAUUAAUAUGGAAGCGCUUAGAAGAUAUGGCUGCCAUAAAAUCUUCAAGCAAGGAGGCAGUGUUUGUCUCUAAAAACAGCUAGUGUCCCAUCAGGUCUUGAAGGAAACCAUGUCCAUCGCGUAACCUAGCAAUGCAAGUACGGUAUGUGUGUUACUGGAUGGACGUGAUAGAUGGGGUAUCAUGGGCGCCAUAAGCCAUUACAUGGUUAUAUGAGUGGAACUGGUUAGCAAGUUUAUACUGCUCCAUUAGUAUUUAUAAUGGCGACACUAAAAAAGUUAUAUUUUGUGGGACCUGUAGAUACUAUAAAUCAUAUAUAUAUCUGUACUUUGUUUCCAUGCAA